GCAGAGCUACUUUUGACGGGAAUCCCCAGGGAAGAAAUUUUUUUUUGCGCGUAACGUCUCAAAGCGUGUGAGAUUUUCAAAAUCUCGGAAUCUACCGUGUAUAAAACCCAGCUGAAUGCGUGAAAGAAACUAAAAAUAGUUUUUUGUUUUUGUGCCAAUCCAAGAAAUUGUAAUUCGAACAUUUCGAAGGCGAGAUUUUUGCUAAUUGAGCCACAAGUUUUGAAUUUCAAAUUUAAAUUAAAACGCCAACAGAACACUCUAUCCAAAACCGUUUGCAAGUGAAGUUCAGUGUGUGAGCUUUGAAAUCCAGAUUGCUGGUCGAGUUCUUUGCCCCAGCUAGCAACGCAGAUAACCGAAACAUACAGUCGAACGGAGCGUGGAGACAUUGCAAAUACUUCAGUAAAAGAUUUGUUUGGAUCAGCUCAGAUCACGAUGCGUCGAUCUUCGUUCACGCCGGUGUUCAAUCUGAGCACCCAGGAGCCGCUGAUUGUCGUCGAGGAGUCGCAUGCGCCCGAGGAUGGCGAUGAUUUGGAGGGUGCGGCCGGUGGCUGCGAUCCGGGGGCCACCACCAGGCGUACGAAUAGCGAUGACUCCGAACCGGACUCGCCGGUGAAUCCGUAUUUGCUCUGCCCCUUCCCUGACAUGCAGCAGCGGCGCAAGCAUUCGCUGCCAUCGCUGCAGAUAACCGAAGGCAUCACGGCCAGCCAGGUGCGUCGGCUGUCCGAGGCGGGCGGCGAGACUGGCGGCUUGAGUCCCAAGGAGGUGGAGUUUCUGGCAACGCUCUCGCAGAAGACAAAUCCCGUUGGUGGACGCCGUCACUCGGUGGUCACCAUCUCGGCCGUGCCCCCAACGCUCUUCGGACGCAAUCGUCGCGAAUCCAUUUCCGGUGCUUCGAUCAGUGGCAGUCGUCGGGGUAGCGUCAUCGCUGGACCGCCCCUGACUGACCAUCGCGGCAGCAUACACAACUUGCAGCUGGACAUAAUGGACGGGAUUGUGCAGCAGCGGAAGACGCGCAGCGGCAGUGGAGUCUGGACAGCGCCGGUGCUCCAGGAGGCCGACAGCAAUGUGCCCGUGCAGACAUAAGCGGACAAAGGACAACGGACAGCGGACAGUGGACAGCGGACAGUGAACACGCACGGACACGGACGCUAGAAUGGAUUGGAUUGGAUGGUGGUAGGGUUGGUCGGUCGGACACUGAGCAAUAUUAACACACGCACAUGGACAAACACAAACAAACAAAAACAAAUAUACGAAUGAACAUUCUGGGACUGUGCCACUCGAACUGGACCUUUAUUAACAUUUCUGGUAUGCCUACCUCCCACACACUUUCUCUCUCUUACUCUCUGUCUCUCUCUCUCUCUCUUUCUGUUCUGUUCGGUCUGCUUCUUGCUCUGGGAAAUUGGUUUUCGCGGCUGGCGCAUCAUGCGAGGAGCAAACAAACCGCGAAAACCGCUCAAAUCCAGCAAGAAAAACUGUUGAAAAAAGCCAAAAAUUCCAAAGUGAAAAACUGCACUUAAAAGAGACAGAAAGAGAGUGAGCGAUAGGGAUAGAGAGCAGUUUAAAACGGACAAAACGCAACGCAAACAUAAAAUGACAAAAAAAAGUGAAGGAAAGAAGAAAAACGCCCCGCCCCAUUGGCCGCUUUGAUUGGCAGCAAUUUUCGGUUAACACCUGUGCAGUGUGCCACGUCUAAGCAUCCUCGGUAGCCCCUGAAUGACAGCAGACUCAGCUUAACAAAUUGUCCAACAAAUGGCCAAGGAACUAAAAGGGAAACGUCAGCCAAAAACUGCUCUAAAAAGUACAUCAAAACAAAAAUAAAAACGAAAGCGCAAAACGAUAGCGCAAAACCUGAACAAAAACCUUCCGCGAUGCAAAAGCUAUUUAUGGACUGACGUGAAUUGGCUUUCAAGGUUCGCUUGGCAAAUGCGUAAAAGCUGCAUGCAAAUGAAAGGACUAAAGAAAAACAUCUACACACGAGUACGAGUCUAUAUGAUAUG